CCUUACUCCUUAUCAGUUUAACAACUACUUGGUUUUGAAACAUGGAGUGUAAAGUUUAAUGUUAGAGGUUGUUAUUUAUUUUGCAAUUCACGCAAUGACGAGACUGAUUUCCUUUGGCAUACUAUUUGGGUUUGUAACACGCUGCUAUGGUACAAAGUGUUUUGAAUGCCAACAUGUACCAUACCCACAUGACUGUUUGAAGCUGACAGUUUGCAAUCCUGACGAGGUUUGUUUCACGGAACAAGUUGUAACACCAAGCAGAAAUGUAGCUUUCAAUUCCGGCUGUCUACCAAAAUCACAAUGUCCUUCCGUUUCGACUCUUCUCAUUGGUAAAAGAUUAGCGAACAUUGUGAAUACACGCUCGACAGAUAUCUUGACGUGUAAAGAAUGCUGUGCUGGUGAUUUCUGCAACAUGAGAGGAUGCGGAACACACGAAAUCCCUAUUGAGCAACGCGGUCCGUACUGUUACACGUGUGAUGUGCAAAACCCCGAAGAUUGUACCAAUGUUACUGUCUGUGGCAAAAAUGAACUGUGCAUGUUGCAUCACCCACUUGAAUUGAAUAGCCGUCCUGGCACUAUAUACAGAGGUCGAUGUGAAACGCAGGCGGCAUGUAAUGCAAUAACACAAACAUUCGGAAGUAAAAACUGCAAUCCCAUAUGUUGCAAUACAGACUUUUGUAACGAUCGUUGUGGAACCCUUUCAAAUUACGCUACGACAACAUUACAUCCACACAUCUCUGAUGCUAGGACAACGUUGCCAGAUAAACACUCCACUCUCCAACAACAUCUGGGACAAACAACAGAAUUACCAAACACCUUGACAACUAAGUCUCUGAAAGAUCACACAACAGAAGGAAACAAACAGACAGCUACAACUAAGCCAAACUUGAAAACCGUUUCUUCAGCUAUGACCACUCUAUCGUCUACGCAUUGCCACAAAACACAUUUCGUGUAUUUACAAAAUGUGCAUGUGCAUGCACAGCUUUGUAUCCAUGUUGUUAAUCAUUUUAAAGGAGUAACCUGGGACAGAGCUCGAGCAAUCUGCAAAGCAAAUGGAGCCGAUGAUCUUGUUGUUUUAGAUACUAAGGCAAAGGCUUUAUUAGUAAGAGACUUCCUACGAAGCAAUUCUAAAUUUAAUCACCCUUUCUACUGGAUAGGAGCAAAAGACUUCAAUAACAAUAACCACUUCUCCUGGACAGAUGGUCAAACAUUAGUCGACAAAGAAGCUGAUUGGGAUAAGGACAAGCCGGAUCAUGUAGUGAACGGCAAUGACCAAGACUGCGUCAGCAUAUAUAAUAAUGUUGCCCACAACAGGCAUUUUAAAUGGCACGACCUGAAUUGCAAUGACCGAGGACAUUUUAUUUGUGAACGAAAACAAACAUAGACUGUAUUGAUUUCUAUUUCUACGUUCGAAAAGCCUGAUGCUAAGAUUUUUUCUCUACAUUAAUGGAACUUACUACUUACGAUCUAUCAUUUGAAUCAAGGACAUCGAAGACAAAACAUCGAAGUUCUUGCUUGUGUGAAUAAAUAAGUUAAAGACACAAAAUAUUAAAAAUUCAUGACAUUUCCUUUUAUGGAAGAACCAACUCUAAGAAUGCUUUCAUUUUUGACCUAUUAAUAAAAAUGGCAUUUCUUAA